AUGAUGAUGAGCAACACAGCCUUAUCAGGCCACACAAGAACCGUGUGGAUCACAAACUUUCUGCCUAACCAAAAAGAACUCAUAGUCCGUUGCAAAUCCGAGUACGUAGAUAAUGGAUACCAUAGGGUGCUUCCCACAAGACCAUACAGUUUGCGUUACAAAGAAGGUGAAUGCGAUGACUGCGAUAGAGUCUGGUGUCAUCUAUGGCAAGGACCUGACUUCAAGCAUCACAAAGACUUUGAGGUUGAUAAUGGCAAUGUAUGGGAAGCUAGAGAAGACGGUGUAUACCUAUCUGUAAAUCAACGUCCAGCCGCGUUCGUGUAUAGUUGGGAUGUUGCUUCAAUAUUAUCAUCAAGAGCUUCCUCGUUGGGAUCAUCUUUAAGCUUGUUGUGGAAACCUGGUGAGUUGGAGAAUCAAAAAGCAGAAAGUGGUUUCACUUUCAAGUACAGAAUCAGAAUUUCGAGGUAUGGAAAAAGGACUACGAGAAUUGUUGUGGUUAAAGAAUCUUCUAACUGA